AUGGAGACGGAACAGGCACUCUGUGCUGUGUGCCAUAUUAACAACUUCAAGUACACCUGUCCAGCAUGCGGGAUCCGGACCUGUUGUAUCGUCUGUGUGAAGCGACAUAAGAAACAGAACGAGUGCACUGGAGUUGUGGAUAAGACGAAGUUUGUAGGUCGAAAAGAGCUCGUGGAGAGUGCAUCACAUUUGAACCGAGACUACAACUUUCUACUCAAUGUGGAGAGACAGAUACAGCUUGGCAAGGGAGACAUCAAGAGCUCCGCGAAAAACAUGUUCAAGAGAAACUUCAACAGUGGCAAUAGCAUUAACAGUGGAAACAAUAGGAAAAGUACUAGUGAAGACGAUGCCAGAUUAGCAACCAUCAAGGAGGUUUACCCCAACGAUCCAGCUGUGGUUGUGAAACGCCAGAAUACACUUGUGAUCCAAGUACCUUCAGGUAUGACAAGAGCUACCACCAACAAGUCAGGCUAUGAUAAGAAGCUGGGGUCGUUUAUCUGGACUGUCGAGUGGAUACUAUUGGGAUCCAAAGGAGAAGUGGUAUCACAGUUUCUUAGUUACAAACUCAAAGAACACCUUAUCUUAGGUGAUGCUGUCCCCAUGAAUAUUCUCAAUAAUUCCAAGAGCGAAAAGACGAAGACGAUAAACAACGAAGAAAAGCAUAAGGGGGAACAGCAGUAUAAUAAAAUCGAUAUCGACAAGAGUCAGUUGAAUUUGUAUAUUGAUAACGUUUUGAGUUCCGACAAGAGCCAACGGUCUGUACUUGUACUUGACAAGCAGAUGACUAUCGCCGAGGCGUUGAAGGAUAAAGUAGUUUUGGAGUAUCCUACCUUUUUCAUCACUACCAGCGAGAAGGUAAUUGAAAACGCAGUUGUUCUGAUAGAAGAAGCAUAUAAGAUCAAAAAGAACGUCGAAGAAAGCGAAUCGGGAUCACACGAAUCGGAUAGCGACUCAAGUUCCAACAGUUCAGAAUCUUCAGAUAGCGAUUCAUCCAGUGAAAGUCUGGAUGAAGACGAUGGGCCAGAGGAGGAAUCAUCGAGACCU